GCGUGGGUUGGGGCGGCGGAGCUUUUGUGCUUCAUCAGGGUGUCAGGUGGGAGCUGUAGAUGGUGUCUCAGGCUUCCGGUCUAAACGAAAAGUGGGCGCUUGGCACUAUGGGGCAGAGGGCGGGGAUUCUCCGGCCGGAACUCGGACUCGAUUUUGCUACGGACGCUUCUUCCGGCCCCUUUUACUCUGGCUACGGGUCUACCCGGCAUUCGGCCGGGCGGGAGGCCGAUGCAGUGCUAGUGGCAGAGCCCCAGUGCUUCGGUAUGGCCGGGUCCGGGGGGAUCCUGUCCAGCUCAGACCGCGUCUCUUGAAUAAAAAUUUCCAAAUUCCCUCAGUACAGUUACUUGGAGGAAAUUGAAAUACGGUAUUCUUGAAUGGGAUGACCGGAGGUGGAGAGGGCUGAGAGAGGAGGAAAUCCAGUUCCUAUGAAAAUGACCCUUCAAGAAAUGGUGCUUCAAGCUGCUGCCCUUUACUCUGACCGAACAGCUGUUUGUUUUGAUGGAUGUAGUAAUCAGCGGCCAGUUUAUUAUACUUACAAAUCUGUGGUGAACAUUGCCUCAGAAUUGUCAAGCUUUUUACAACUACACUGCAAUUUUGAAGGGAUUCAUGAAAUUGGCCUCUACUGCUAUCCGGGAAUAAAUUUGCCAUCUUGGAUUUUGGGAAUUCUACAGGUUCCUGCUGCAUAUUCUCCUAUUGAUCCAGAUAUACCACCAGAGUUAUCAGUUUAUUUUAUGAAAAAAUGUAACCUCAAGUAUAUCCUUGUUGAAAAAAACCAAGUUGAUAAAUUCAAAUCUUCUCAUGAAAUUUGGUUAAAGAAUGAUACCAUCACAGUAGACCAUACUGGUGUGACACUUUUUGAACUUCAGUGGAAUGAUAUUGAUGUAAACUUGAUGCUACAUGAUAAAAAAGAGAACCAUGGAAAGGAAAAAAUGAAUAAUUACACCAGUUUUUUGAACAGCAAUGAAGAAAAAGCUAAGAAAUGCAUGGAUGUCAGAUUACAGAAUUGCUUAGCUUAUGUUCUGCACACUUCAGGAACUACAGGAAUUCCUAAGAUUGUCAGAGUACCUCAUUCAUGUAUAGUACCAAAUAUUCAACAUCUGCAGACACUUUUUGAGAUCAGCCAAGAAGAUAUUCUUUUCAUGGCUUCUCCUUUGACAUUUGAUCCAUCUGUUGUAGAGAUAUUUCUUGCUUUGACAAGUGGAGCAUCUCUGCUUAUAGUUCCGAAUGCUGUUAAAAUGUUGCCAUCAAAGUUAGCUACUGUUCUGUUUUACCACCACCGAGUAACAGUUCUGCAGGCUACACCAACACUGCUUAGAAGAUUUGGAUCACAGCUCAUCAAAUCAUCUGUUUUAUCAGCUACUACUUCACUUCGUGUAUUAGCCCUUGGUGGUGAAGCAUUCCCAUCAUUGAGUGUCCUCAGAAGCUGGAGGGAAGACGGCAAUAAAACUCAAGUAUUUAAUAUUUAUGGUAUCACAGAGGUGUCCAGCUGGGCAACAUGUUACAGGAUUCCAGAAGAGGAUCUUUGCUCCACUUUGGGAGUUGAGUCUCCUGUGCAAUUGGGAUUUCCACUGCUUGGAACAGUAGUCGAAGUCAGAGACAUUAAUGGUUUGACAGUUCAAGAAGGAGAAGGCCAAGUGUUUUUAGGUGGUGAGGAGCGGGUAUGUUUUCUUGAUGAUGAAACAACUCUACCUUUUGGCACAAUGAGAGCGACUGGUGAUUUUGUUACUGUGAAGGGUGAAGCAAUGUUUUUCUUGGGUCGGCAAGACAGUCAGAUCAAACGUCAUGGCAAACGUAUUAACAUUGAAUUUGUACAGCAGGUUGCUGAAGGAAUUUAUCAAGUAGAAGCCUGUUCAGUUGUUUGGUAUCAGGAAAGAUUAAUUCUGUUCGUGGUGACCAAAGAUGGUUUAGUGAAGGAUCACAUUUUAGGAGAACUUCAAAAACAUCUUCCAAGUUAUGCAAUUCCAGAUGACGUUCUGAUCAUUGAAGCCUUACCAUUGACAUCUCAUGGCAAAAUUGAUGUAACUGAGUUAACCAAGAUUUACUUUAAAUAUAUAAAUUUGAAGACUAACAGUAAGCUCAAAGGAAAAGAGGAACUGUGGGAAAGAUUACAGUACUUAUGGAAGUCUUCUCUGCGACUUCUGGAAGAUCCUUUUGAAGUUCCCAAAGAUUCACUGUUCCUUAGUAAUGGUGGUGACUCAUUAAAAUCUCUUUGGUUCAAUAAUGAAAUUGAGAAUAUGGUAGGCAGAUCGAUACCUGGACUUCUGGAAGUUAUUCUCAGUUGCUCCAUCUUAGAUAUAUACAAUUACGUUCUCCAAGCAGUGUUUCCAGAUGAAGAUAUACCACUCAGUAGGAGUUACGGCACAAAAAGAAAAUUCAGUGCAUUGAAUGGAGAAGAAAUCAAUGACAAAUAUGUAGAUCAGAAGCCUGGAAAGCCUGUGAAUUCUGGUGAAGAGCAGAAUACUUUUAUUUCAUUGUGCAGAGGGAAUCAGAUUUUGUUUGUGAAUGUCCAGGAGUCUUUAAAGAGAUCCCUAAGUAUGGGACAAACAGGAACUGAGUUAGGAAAAUAUCCUUCAACAUCUCAUGAUUUAAUUUCACAGGAAGAGACAAAGCCCAGUUUUGUUCAAAAUAUGACAAGCAAAAGCUCUUUUACAGUUAUGGAGAAGAUGGAUGGCACAGAAGAGAUUAGCUCUAUCCCAAAAAUUUCUGAAGAUGACAAUUCUGUGAGAGUAUCUGAGAAAAUGAAGUUAUGUGUCAGGUGGAAGUCAGACACUGGCAAAUGUGUGGAUGCUUCACCUCUCAUUGCAGUAUUACUUCUCAAUCAGUCAUCUGCAACUGUCUACAUUGGAUCCCAUUCUCAUAGAAUACAAGCAAUUGAUCUCUAUUCUGGGAAAGUGAAAUGGGAACAGAUUUUGGGAGAUCGCAUAGAAUCCUCAGCUUGUCUCUCCCGUUGUGGAAAUUUCAUUAUAGUGGGCUGCUAUAAUGGUUUAAUUUAUGUGCUCAGAAGCAGUAAUGGAAAAAUACAUUGGAUGUUUGCCACCAAGGAUGCCAUUAAAAGCUCUGCAACCAUGGAUCCAUCCACAGGUCUUAUAUAUGUGGGAUCUCACGACCAUCAUGUAUAUGCAUUGGAUAUUUAUAAGGAGACCUGUGUUUGGAAGUUAGCUUGUGAAGGAACUGUCUUUUCUUCACCAUGUCUGAGCCUGGUUCCAUAUCACUUAUAUAUUGCUACACUUCAAGGAUUUCUCUUGGCCUUAAAUCCAGCUACUGGAAAUAGAGUUUGGACAUAUUCCUGUGGAAAACCUCUUUUCUCUUCCCCUCAGUGCAGCUUACAAUGUGUUUCUGUUGGUUGUGUGGAUGGGAAUUUAUACUGCUUUAACCACAUGGGACAACUGGUUUGGCAGGUCUCUACUAAUGGACCAGUCUUUUCUUCCCCAUGCAUCUCUUGUUCAACUAAGCAAGAAAUCUUUUUUGGCUCCCAUGAUUGCUUUGUCUACUGUUAUAAUAUGGAAGGAUAUUUCCAGUGGAAAUUUGAAGCGACUGCAAGUAUAUACGCAACACCAUUUACUUUCCGUAAUCACAAUCUGAGCAGUGAAAUGUUACUAGCAGCAGCAUCUACAGAUGGGAAACUAUGGAUUUUGGAUGCUAAAAAGGGACGGUUAGAAACAGUAUAUAAGCUUCCUGGAGAAGUUUUCUCAUCUCCUGUGGUCUGGCAAUCAAUGCUUAUCAUUGGGUGUCGAGAUAAUUAUGUUUAUUGUCUGGAUUUGUUGGCUGUUACUGAAAAAUAACCAUCAAAAACAACCAGCUUCUGAUCCGUCUUCAAUGUUUUUUUUAUCAAUACCAAAAGAACAGAAAUGAUUUGUUUUACAUGUACAGAGUUGUGCUUAGGUACUGUCCCUAUCAAAGAUAUUUUGGCUAAAAAAUAAAUCUAAAAUGAUUCACUAAGAAAUGACCAUUUUGAAUUUCCUCUGUCUGGCAGGCCAUGGUUAUUGCAGAAGCCAUUGGAAGAGCUGGUUCCACGUACCAUGCUCACGAAUAGCUCUGUUUCCCUUUCGGCAUGUUAGUAAAUAUAUGGCAUCAAAUAUUUCAGUUAAAAAGAUCUUGGGCCUGGAAAUGGAGACAUCAGUGACUUGUGCAAAGUCAGAAAGAUUAGAAAAGGAAUUAAAAAGGAAACUAGAAUCUUUGAUUCCCGGUCUGGGCUAUUUUUCUAUGUAUUCGAUUUAGUGAUCUUUUUGCCCCUACUAUUUUAUAUGUAAUAAAUGUGUGUGUUUUUAAGGCUUGUUGAAAAGGGUAAUAUGGCAGCAUUGUUUGCUGGUAGGCUAUUUGUUUAUUCUUUCUCGAUAAGAUUUACAGCACGCUUGUGUUUUUAUGAUCAAGCACGUGGGAUUUUUUUUGUAAGUGAACAGGGUUCCUAUAUUAGGAAGUAAGAUUACUGAAUGGUUUCAGUUAACCUAUUCUUUUUCAUUUUCUCCUUUAAUAACAUUUCCUCCAUGAGGACUAUAUUAAUUUAUCCUUCUCUGGGUUUUAACUCCUUUUGGGGAGGGGGAUUUAACUCUUAAUUUAACUUGAAGGUUCUUACACAUGUCUUGUAUGUUAACUGAAAGAAAAGUGUAAUGAUUUAAAAAGUAAAUUCUCAGUUACUUAUCCUGAAUUCUCUCAGCAUAUUAUUCAAAGUCAUUUCCUAACAAAAUGCCUGUGAAUGUAGCCACAGUAGUGAUUCAAACAAUAGUAACAGGAUCUCCUGCUGAUUGUCUUCCCAUCCUUUAUCCCUACAUUGUCAGUCCACCAUUGUGAAUAAACUUGUUCCUGCACAAA